CUAUUCCUCAGUGCCUGACUGCAGAAUGUGGGGUAACGUUAACUUGCUUAACUAGGAAGUUGAAUACAGUUUGGUUCUAGGUCGAGAAGGAAAAAUACUACAAUUGAAUUGGUUGCUGCUGUAUGUAAAUUGGAGUGAAACAUGACUGACGGAAAUACCUCUCACCAACCGAAAUAUAACGUCAGAGACACAUGUCCAAACAUACCAACGGCCGGGAAACGUAUACCUGAAGGAGACAGGGCUAAAUCCUGUAUGCAAGAAGCGACAAGGCCCCCUACCCCACCAGUGGUAAGGAAGUUCUGCAGCAGCACCCAUCCAGAACCAGGAGCUGUCAGAGUGCACCAAGGAAAGGCAAAUGAUCCAGAUGUUGCCAGUACCCUUGUUCAUGGCAUCAGCACCAAAACUUCCCUCACUGGCAGCAGUGUGCUUUAUCCUCCUCAAAAGACCAUGUUCCAGCAAAAAUUACAAGAGCUCAGUGAAGCAGUGUACACCUCCAGUAAAGCCCCAGUAGGCAGGACUACAGACAAAACUACAUAUGGUGUGAAAACAAUUAGAGGGUUGGAUAUGCAUGAGAUUAUUAACCCUUCGAAGACAGCAGAGGAGUUGGAGAGGGAAGCUCAGGAGGGACAUGAGUCUUACAUUCGUAGCCACAACGCCUAUUUUGUUGGUGAGAGGAUUGAUAGAAAGUAUGACAUGGGUCACUACAGUAAAGACAGCAGGUUUGGGAUCCCCACACCUCAUUUCACUGACGGACGUAUUAUUGGCAAAACUCUCCACUGGCUGGGGGAGACUAAGAAGUUUUACAAUCCAGAACCUGUGUGGAAGAGAUCUGGAAACAGGGAAACGAUGCUGCCACAAACUGGCAAAACUAAGAAUUUGAGAGGAAUUACCUUAAAUCUUCCACCAGAUCACACCUUUGGAAAUCUCUUGCAGCCUGAUGAAUUUGAUGUUGGAGUUCUGCUCCACUCCACAGUGCCAGAUGAAUACAUUAGAGACCGAGACAGACAGCGCAUGGUCGGCGCAUUGCAAUACGACCUGAAGAAAGUCAAUUUCCAAAACUUCUCCUCCCUGCUGCAAGCGUUCAGACAUUAUGACAAGGCAGGCAAGGGAAUGAUUGACAAAGAGGACCUGCAGGCAGUGUGCCAUCAGUUCCAGCUACAUGUGAGCAGACAGGUUCUGGAUGCCCUCAUGGACUACUGCGACACAGACAAGGACGGACUAAUCAACUUCCUGGAGUUUUCCAACUUCCUCAACUGGAAGGACAAGAUACCCAUCAACCGUCGAGAGCAAUGCAUUAUCACAAAUGAGUGUCAGACCAGCACCCUUCCAGCUGACAUGGAGAGGAAGCCUUUGUCAGAGUCGGAACAGCUUCCUGCCUCGCGGGCCCUCGUUAAGCCUGAGGACCUGGAGCCCUUUAAGCCAGGCUGCUCACUGAAGACCCUCAGGACCCUCAGGAGACUCAAGGCCGCCCCAGACCACUUCAUGACUUCCUCCAACCUUAUCGGGUCUGUCAGGGAUCCAUGCACAUCAAACAGCCGCACCUAUGGGGUCCCGUCUGUGCGAGCCGACCUUCCAGCGCCACGCAUAAAGAGAUUCAGUGACAACAACGACUACGGUGAUUCAUCCACAGCUGGAGAUCUUCUGCAUCCAUCAGUCCAUGCCCUUCAGGGUGUUCACGAGAAACACUUCUUCUUACCUCGCACCAAGAAGGAGAUUGCAGAGAUCUUCAGGAAUGUGGGUGUUGAUGUGUCCGAGGAGACGUUCGAGGAAGCCUGGAAGCUAGCGUCCAUGAAGCAUCAAGACGGGGAGGUUUGUGUUGAGGUUUUCCGUAACACACUCAAGGAAAUAAAAGCAAUAUAAUACUCUAGCUUACCAGCAGUCUUUCCUCAUCGCUAACAUGUGUUUGAUGCAGUUUAACAUACAGCUUUCAGUCAAUAAUGCAUCAUUGAGCAUAUUCUACACCCAUAAAUAAACGUAUACCCCUCAGGAAUAUGGGUGGGUUCAAAGUACAAACCAUUCUAAUAACAAUAAGGUUCAUAUUUUCAACCCCAAAACAUUACACUGUAAUGAUGAUUAAAGUUAAAGUCCACUCCUUGUUUUGAAAUCACAGAUUGUGUUGAAGUCUUUACUUGUUUGAUUUAAACUGUCUUUGUUUCGGCCUGAAUUGUAGUAGAGGUUUCCUGUCAAAUACAUUAAAAAGAUUCAAACACAUGACACUGUAUGGCAUAAAACAGUUCUUAUAAUGUAAACACACCAAUGCUUAAGAAACAAUCUAAUCAAAAAUAUGUGAAUUGUUUUUAAUUUAUUUCUGAUUUAAUUGCUUUAAUCUUGCUUCAUAACAAAUCAACAAGGCAUUUUUCUGGCUGUCCAAGAAUUCACAAGUCAUUUCACAAAGUAUUUAAUAACAUUACAAAUUCAGAGAUAAACA